ACGGGCGGGGCGGGGCGUCCGGCGGGCGCGUCUGCAGCUGGCCGCGUAGCGGACAUGGCGGCCUCCGGGCUCCCGCGGCGGCUGUUCCUCCAGGGCGUGGCCGCCGUCUACGCGUUGGCCUUCGCGUCUCUCUACACGCAGAUCCCGGGCCUGUACGGCGCCGAGGGCAUCCUGCCUGCGCGGAGGACGCUGCGGCCGCAGGGCAAGGGGCGCUGGCGGCAGCUCUGGGAGACCCCGACGCUGCUGUGGGAGGCCCCGCAGCUGGGGCUGGACACCGCGCAGGGCCUGGAGCUGCUGAGCCUGCUGGGCGCCCUGCUGGCCCUGGGCGCGCUGCUGCUGCGCCCGCUGCGCAACCUCUUCGUCUACCUGCUGCUCUGGGCUGCCUACCUGUCGGCCUGCCAGGUGGGCCAGGUGUUUCUUUACUUCCAGUGGGAUUCCCUACUGCUGGAGACUGGCUUCCUGGCCGUGCUGGUGGCCCCCCUGAGGCAGCCCCCCUGCCAUAAGCAGACCCCCCAGGGCGGGCUGGCAGGGGCAUCGCCCCAUGAAGCCCUCCCCUUCUGGCUUGUGCGCUGGCUGCUGUUUCGCCUCAUGUUUGCCUCGGGCGUGGUCAAGCUGACCAGCCGUUGCCCCGCGUGGUGGGGGCUUACUGCCCUCACCUACCACUAUGAGACCCAGUGCCUGCCCACGCCUGCCUCCUGGUUCGCCCACCACCUGCCUAUCUGGCUGCACAAACUCAGUGUGGUGGCCACGUUCCUCAUCGAGAUUGCAGUCCCCCCACUGUUUUUUGCCCCCGUGCACCGCCUGCGCCUGGCAGCUUUCUACUCCCAGGUUUUGUUGCAAGUCCUGAUCAUCAUCACUGGCAACUAUAACUUCUUCAAUCUGCUCACCCUGGUGCUCACAACCGCCCUCCUGGACGAUGGGAACUUCACUGCUGAGGCUGACAGCGGCCGCUGCAGAAAGACCCCCGCUUCAGCCUGGCCCAGAUCACUGCUGGCCCUGCUGGCCCUGCUCCUGGAAUGUACCAUCUACGGGCUGCUGGCCUAUGGCACCGUGCGUUACUUCGGCCUGGAGGUUGACUGGGAGCAGCUUGCUGUUCACUCCACGACCACCUUUACCUUCCACCAGUUUUCCCAGUGGCUGAAGAUGGUGAUUCUGCCCACCAUGUGGCUGGGGGUGGCCUCCCUCGGCUGGGAACUGCUGACUGCCUUCUGGAGGUGGACCCAGGUGCGAGGGUGGCUGAGGAAGUUCUGCACUGCAGUCCAGCUGUUCAUCUUUGGCACUGCCACGGUGGCCUUGUUUGUGAUCAGCCUGGUGCCAUACUCCUACAUAGAGCCCUCAACCCAUGGGCGUCUCUGGACUGGUGCCCACCGCCUGUUUGGCACCGUGGAACACCUGCGGCUAGCUAACUCCUACGGCCUCUUCCGCCGGAUGACCGGCCUGGGUGGGCGGCCCGAGGUGGUGCUGGAAGGCAGCUACGACGGGCAGCACUGGAAGGAGAUCGAGUUCAUGUACAAGCCGGGGAACCUGAGCCGGCCGCCCCCCAUCGUGGCACCCCACCAGCCCCGUCUCGACUGGCAGAUGUGGUUCGCCGCUCUGGGCCCGCACUCGCACAGCCCCUGGUUCACGAGCCUGGUCCUGCGCCUGCUGCAGGGCAGGGAGCCUGUGAUCCGCCUCAUCCAGAACGACGUGGAGAAGUACCCCUUCCACAAGCAGCCGCCCACCUACGUGCGGGCUCAACGUUACAAGUACUGGUUCUCACAUCCUGGAGAGCAGAGCCAGUGGUGGCGACGCCAGUGGGUCGAGGAGUUCUUCCCCCCGGUGUCCUUAGGGGACCCCCUGCUGGACGCGCUGCUCAGACAGUUUGGCCUCCAGGACAAGAGCCCGCCCCGAGCCCGCAGCUCCGGCAACACCCUGGCCCAGGCCCUCCACUGGAUACGGAAACAGCUGUCACCCCUGGAGGCUUCCACCCUGCUCUGGGGGCUCCUUGCCGCAGUGGGGGCCAUCAGGGGCAUGCAGGCCCUGCUGGGGCCCCGUCCCCCCCACGCCUCCCCUGUGGCCAAGGAGGAGAAGCACAGGCCAGCCCCUAAGAAGGACUGCGGGCCUGCCAGCAAAGCGGCCGCCCCCGCCCCUGACAACUGCAGCGGCAGCGCUCAGGCUCCUAGGAGGAAAAAGUAGCCACGUUCCGUCAGCCACAUGUCCAGAGGGUCGGGUCCCCAGCGCGCCGCUGGCCUUCCGCGGCAAGACACAUGCAGCCAGCGUGCCUUAGCCGACAGGUGCUGGGACAGGUGCAGGUUGGGGUGCGGUCCCCAAGGGCAGGCUUUGGCCGCCCUGCUGUGUGGAGGCCCCACCACCCCAACACCUGCGCGACCGGGGCCUUCCCCAGCCCACCCUCGGCCUCCACCACGAGGUGGGCAGGUGACCCAGCUGGGGGUCUUUCUCAGGACACUAACCAGGACUGUGGGAGGCCCUUUCCUUCUGGAGGGAGCCAGGUCUGAUGCCCCCAGCCCCCACCCCUGCACUGGCCGGGCUGCGGCUGACCAGCUGAGGACGCAAGGGAGGAGGAGGGAAGACACCCUGAGCCCUGGGCAUUGCGGCCCAGGAUCAAUAAAGGCAGCUCUGUGCUUGA